UAUAGAUACGGACCUUUGUGUCUGCAAUAAAGUUAAAUUGAAAUGGAAAUGAAUUGAAUCGAAAUGUCUGCCAUAUUCUACUUUGUGCAACGUGCAAAUGGAGGUUCAACACUGUAAAUUAGAUUCCUAUAUUCACAGUAGCAGCAGAGCUAAUAACACCUUAUUACCCUAUCAUUUUUUAUCUUCAUCACAAUAUUAUUUAAUUAAGUUAUCUUCCCACAGCUCUCAACAUUCAAACCCCUCCUUUAACUCAUCAUAACCUGCAAGCAAAACAAGUCUGAAUAUGCCUCUUCACUGUGUCAGUGUUCAUAGCUCCACUCCGGGUUCUGGCUUGAGCUUCCCAGUCAGUCACAUUCCAGUGUGUGACUGCAGGUACGAGGCUGAUGAAGAGUGAGGUAAAGAAUAAAGGGAUGAAGAAGGGAGAAGAAAGUGGCGAGAGGAGGAAAACAACCCACCAAUGAGGAGAUGAUGGGGGUUCAACGCUACUGGCUGCUCUUGCUGGUGCUUGAUUGCCGUGAGUGGAUUACAGGUGCUGGGAGUGACAUCAGUCCAUAUAUAAAGCAUUAUGAGGGUUUGUCGUAUGACAGAGAGGAUAUUCACAGGAUGCACUUGAGAAGCAGGAGAGACACACAACCUCAGGAAUACACACUGCAGCUGGAUUUGACUGCUUUUCACAGAACUUUCCGUCUGCGUUUGAAACGAAGUGCAGCAGCUUUUUCCCGGAAUUUCAUGGUCGUCAGUGAAAAUGGUUCCACAGCUGCUGACCUCUCCCACUUAUACUCAGGAGUCCUGCAAGGGGAACAUGGCUCAGUCUGCCAUGGCUCUGUGUUACAGGGUCUAUUUGAGGGAACCAUCCACACAGACAACGGGACUUAUCACAUAGAGCCCGUCCACAGAUACACCAGCAACCAAACAGACCACCACUCUAUAAUCUACCAUGAGGAUGACAUGGUCCUGCCACUCACGACAUCCGGCUCUGGUGGAAUCUGUGGAGCAGAUCGUCUGAACGUCCUCGCCCAAAGCCUCAGACCCGAUGAGGAGGCGCCAGCGAGACGGUCUAGGAGGACAUUGGAUGAGUCAAAGACCAGCUGCUUGCUUCACCUCCAUGCCGACCACUUCUACUACAAGAAGUUCAGGUCUGUGGAAGCAGUUGUGGCUCAGGUGGCCUCCUACAUGCAGGCUGUGAACGACGUCUUCGACAAGGUGAACUUCGAUGGAGUCAAGCUGAUCAACUUCAAAGUGAAAUCUCUCAGCGUGAUCACAGAGGAGGAUAAGAGCAGUCCUCUGAGUCCUAAGUUCAUCGGGCCUGAGAAGCUGUUGAGUCUUUACUCUGAGAGCAACUGGGGGAACUUCUGUCUGUCGUACCUGCUCACUGACAGAGACUACAGCGGAGUGCUGGGACUCGCCUGGGAGGGCAGGGCCGGUGACUGGGGAGGAAUAUGUUCAAAACAAACCAGGCUGCGUAACGGAGGGAUGUCCACCCUGAACACAGGACUGGUAACGGUUCAGAACUACGGACAGUUCUUGCCCCCCCGACUCGUCCAGCUGACCCUCGCUCAUGAACUCGGCCACAGCCUGGGAUCUCCGCACGAUGAGGGCACUAACUGUGGGGGCCUUGGCUCCAGCGGGGGGAAGGGCAGGUACCUGAUGUUCCCUCAGGCCACAGACGAGGUGCGUGAGAACAACGACAAAUUCUCCCACUGCAGCAUCGGACACAUCAGCAAGAUCCUCAAGCUGAAGAAGGACGACUGCUUUGAGGUCAGUGAUCGGCCCAUCUGUGGAAACCAGAUUGUGGAGAAAGGUGAGGAGUGUGAUGUCGGUCACAACCACAAGGACCUCUGCUGCUACAGCGCUAAAGAGCAUAUUGGAGUCCAGUGUCGCCUUAAGCCCGGUAAAGUCUGCAGUCCGAGUCAGGGCCUGUGCUGUGCUCAGGACUGUGGUUUUAAGCCGGCCGGUCAGACCUGUGAUGAGGAGACGGACUGUCUGAGAGAGAGUGAGUGUUCAGGCCUCUCCCCUCUCUGCCCCGAACCAUUAGCCAAGGAAAACCUCACCGUCUGCAGCAAUGACACGCGAGUCUGCAUGAAAGGGGUGUGUGCCGAGUCUGUGUGUGUGAAGCACAGUCUGCAGCAGUGUGACUGUCCUGGAGACUCCAUGAGGGAGAAAUGCCACAUGUGCUGCCAGCAGCCCGACAAGCCCGAGACAUGUGCCAGCACCACCUCCUCCGUGCUGUCUCGUCACUUCCAGACCAAAUCGUUGCCGCUGGUUGAUGGCGCUCCGUGCUGUGGAAACCAAGGAUACUGCGAUAGGUUACACGUGUGUCGCCUGCUGGAUGCCGAUGGCCCCAUCGCAAGACUGAAAAACUCCUUUCUCCAUUUUGAUGACUUCGAUGACAUAGGAGAGUGGAUGAAGGCUCAUUGGUGGGCCAUCCUGCUGGCUAUCCUGACUCUGUCCGGAGUGAUGGGCUGCACCGUCUGCCUGUGCGGCCGCCCCCUCGACACCAGCGACCCGGAGUAACCUCUAACUUCUGAUCUCUCUAACCUCUGGGGAGACAACUAUUCUCAGGAUGACGCACACAGUCACUUAGUUUCAUUUAUAAGGGAUUUUAAAUGGUCAAGGCCACGUUGAGGAGAUUCCUUUUUUCAACUUUGUUCCAUAUCUGCAACAGUGAGCGGCGUGCGGGUGACUUGUGAACGCCCCUCGCUCUGUUUGGUUAACUAUUUUUCAACGUCAUUAUGCAUCUGACAGCUCUUUUCCUUGUGUGACUUUGUUCCCAUUUCAACAUUCUACCGUGCCAUCCAUGUGUUGUGGAAACAUUACUGUUGCUGUGGCACAGUCGGGCAUUAGAGGGAAAACAUACCCCACCAGUUCAUCUACAGUCAUUUAAAGCCAACUGUCCUGACGACUUGUGGAACUGCUUUUAGCUUGCUAUGUCCUUUUGACUUUGUGUGAACUUGAGUGCUAAUUUCAGCCUCGAUAAACAUCCAGCUGUCUGUCGCAGAUAUUUUUAAUAUGGUCACAGGAUGAUAAGAUUACAAGUUGGUGGAUCUCUACAGAGCCUGAGUAGUGACAUUAACAUUGUGUGUUUCAAUAUGGAAAAUGCCCUAAUGAGGUAAUAAAGCAACACUGUGUUUAUCAUC